UGCAAUGCACAAAGUGCUAAACGCGUUGGUAGGAGUUACAGCACAUCAGCUCAAAAUGUCGGCCAACUUGGACAAACCAGAAUUGGAGGUAGCUCCGUCAAGUGAGGACACCGCUAAACAGGCUGAAAGUAAUCAAGAAACAGCAAUGGUGACAGAAAGUAAGACAGAAGUAGUUGCAAAGACUGAGAAGACUGAAAAAGAGUCUGAGCUGGACAAAUAUUGGAAGGCAGUGAAGGAGAACCCUAAUGACUUCACUGGUUGGACGUACCUGCUGCAGUUUGUUGAACAAGAGAAAUCCAGCUUAAUGCAGUAGAGUAUGUGGCACCCAAAAAUGUACAGAACAACUUAAAAGCAGCAGAGGAGGCUUAUGAUGCAUUCUUCAGUCACUACCCAUAUUGCUAUGGUUACUGGAAGAAAUACAGCGAUAUGGAGAAGAAAUUUACUGACAUUGACCGAGCUUUAGCGGUGUUUGAGCGUGGAGUAAAGGCUAUCCCAUUGAGUGUUGAACUAUGGCUGCAUUACCUCAACUUCUACAUCACUGAGUUUGGUUCCAAUGAAGAUGGGGAGGAGAAGAUACGGAAACUUUAUGAGAGGUCAAUCACAGCAGCUGGCACUGACUUCCGCUCCGAUAAACUCUGGGACUCCUAUAUAUCCUGGGAAAAUAUGCGACACAACAAGAAGAAAGUGACACAGUUAUACAAACGAUUAUUGUCAAUUCCCACACAGCUAUACAGCCAUCACUAUGACAAUUUCAAGAAGCAUGUUAUGGAAAACCACCCAAAGGAUAUCUUGAGUCUGGAUGAGUUCUUGAAGUUGCGGCAAGAGGUUGUCAAGGCCGGCACUGUGAAGGUAGAUGAGGAGGAUGCUGGUGCUGAGGUCCCACCUGGGGAGGAUGCACCCCCUGGUGUGGAUGCACCACCAGGGGAAGAAGCUGUGGGAGGGAUGGCUGAUGAAGAUGAAGCCAAGAAACUGCGAGAGUGGAUCUUGGAACACCAAGAGACAAUCCACAGACUGAAUGAGGAUGAAGUCAGCAAGAGAUGGACUUAUGAGGAAGCUAUUCGUCGCCCAUAUUUCCAUGUGAAACCUCUGGAAAGAGCUCAGCUGAAGAACUGGCGGGAAUACUUGGACUUUGAGAUUGAAAAUGGAUCCCAUGAGCGAGUGGUUGUGCUGUUUGAGAGGUGUAUGAUCGCAUGCGCACUUUAUGAAGACUUUUGGAUGAAAUAUGCCAAAUACCUAGAACAGCACAAUGUAGAUGGGGUAAGGAGCGUGUACCAGCGUGCCUGUACAAUCCACCUGCUGAAGAAGCCGUACAUUCACUUGUCUUGGGCUGCAUUUGAGGAGAGACAAGGCAAUUACCCAGAGGCAAGUGAUGUCCUGUCAAACAUUGAGAAAAAUGUGCCAAAUCUUGUAAUGGUGUCAAUGCGACGAAUCAGUCUGGAGCGUCGCCAGGGCAACCAUGAAAAUGUCGAGAACUUGUACCAAUCCUACAUCACCAAAGCUGCAUCACCAGCCAUCAGAUCUUUCUACUCAAUCAAAUUUGCACGCUAUCUGAGGAAGAUUAGGGGUAAUGUAGAGAAAGCACGAGAAGUCUUGUCAGAAGCCCUGGAAAAAGAUAAGAAGAAUGAGAAGUUGUUCUUACAGCUUCUUGACCUUGAGUAUCAGACACAACCAAUUGAAGAGCAACGAGUCCUGGAUGUGUUCAGCAAUGCUCUCAAGAGUGACCUGUCUGCAGAUUUUAAGGUGAAGGUUUCACAGAGGAGAAUGGAGUUCCUUGAAGACUUUGGUACCUGUAUUCAGAGAAUAACAGAUGCCUAUGAUGAACAUCAAAAACUUGUGAAAGACCAUAAUAGUGAUAGAAAGAAGAAGCACCCAGAUUCCAUUGAUGAUAAUCAUGCACCUCCAGAGAAGAAACAUAAACAUGAUAAAUACAAGUCGGAGACAAACGGCAGUAGUGCAACAGGAGAUGCCUCAAGUCAUCACACAUCAGCUGACGCCAACACCUACAACUACCAUUGGCCCAGCUACUCAAAUUCAUAUGCCCCCUACCACUCUCACUAUGGAGCGUAUGGAUCAUACGGCUCCUACUACCCAUCGUAGACUACAUGACAGUCAUGACUCCAUACUUUCCAGAUAUAAGGUGGUUCUGAAUGUGUUUAAUGCGGAGUACAACUCUGGCCUUCAUUACCAUGGACAGAAGGCUGCAUCGGUGCUGUGGUGGUCAACCAGCUGGAUCACCAAUUUCUCGUUUCUUCUUCACAAGUUUUCUGUGUAUAUUUUUUAGGUGUAUUUGGGUUUUUGGUUUGGUAAAAAUACCAUAUACAAUAUAUAUUUCAAUCAAAAAUACCAAAGUCUUAAAAUAUUUUUGUGAGCAUUAAAUGUUACUGGAUUUCAUAUUUUGUACCCGUGUAGUUUUGGGGUUGAUUUUUUUUUUACAUAUAUCCAGACUCUUGUACAUUUCCAUUCUAUUCAGUAAUACAUAUAUACCUGAAGGAUUUGUCAUGAAAACAUCACUUGACUUAUUAAACAUAUUCUUAAUUUGACUUUAAAGCGUUCAGUUAUAAGAGGGGGUUAUGGGUGGGAGGGGUGGCCUGCGAUCUAAGGAGAUGCAGUACAGACUUCAGUCCCUUACCUGUGCCUGGAUAGGUUGAUCAUGUGUUUUGGGUUCUUUUUGGUCGUGUAAUGAUACAGCAAUACAGUAUUUAUUGCAGUAUGAGGCUCAAUAUAAUACAUUGAUUUACAACUCAUGUUUCACAAUACAUAUGCCACAUAACAAAUUAUAUUUAUAUAGAAACAUGUUGGUUUGUUCAAGUCACACUUGAUGCAGAUUCUCUAGUAUUUCCUGGUUGGCUAUAAAUAACAGAAUCUUCACAGUACAUAAUUAAUGGACAUAAUUAAUGUUUUAACUGGUAUUGAAUUUUAUCUUUUACAACUGAUGAUUUUGUAAAGUAUUAUGGGUUGUGUCCUUGUAUUUUUAAGAUUAUUGUUUUAUUUUUCUCAUGCAUUACAUUGACCACGUUUCCAGUGGGUGUAUGUUGGUUGGUACUAAAAGCACAAGAAAACAACAAACAGUAAUUCAUUUGGCCAGGAAGUUGCCUUCAACCUUUCACUUCCUUAUAAAAAUUUCAAAAUAUGCGUCCACAAUUUUUGGGAGCGUACUCUGGCUUUUAUUCAUCAUACUGUUGUAGACACUAUAUUUAGGCAUAAAGUCAGGUUGUAUUAGUGGUGAGGUAAGUGAUUUAUAAAACUAUUGUUUCAAGAACAAAGCAGCAAAUGAUAUCAUUUUGUCUUGAAAUGGAAUCCUGUAUAUUUCACUUUAAUAAUACGCCCAGGGCUAUGUUUUGUGCCUGUUAUGACCUUGUCGCCAAAUGAAAGUACAUACAUGUACAUGUACAUUCUAUAGAUGCCAUACAAGGGAGAUUGGUUGUGCAAAAUGCAUUAUUAUCUGAAAACUACAUACAUAUUAUGAAAACAUGACAUUGCAUGAAUUAUUAAUAGGGUAAAAGGUACUACAAAAUGGACAUUGUGCCAAAGGUCUCCAUACAACAGAGGUGGGGAAAUCUAAACCACCAAAUGAAUAUUCCUCAAUUUAAAGGUGUACUAUAGAAUCCUCCAGGGUAUUUUCUUUAUUUUUUCAACUUUCUGAAAUCCAGGCUCAUUGAAGGUAUCAAAUCAUUUAAAUUGAGAGUGACUUUAAUCAUUGUCAAAGUGUACAUUGUUUUGGUUACAACAAUUACCAUAAUUGUUAAGAAAUGAAUGUGUCGUGGUUAUAUUCUUUUAAUGCUGCAGUGUUGUGGCAGGUCAUUGUAUGAAUGUUUAUUGUGUACUGGAAUGGAACUUGUUUGAAAAUGAUCUUUUAAUGCAUUGUCUGUAUGCACUGCAAUAUUGAGUAGAAUGAUCAUAAAUAAAUUCUAAUACAUAAACCUGUUAUAACAAGGGACAUUUUGGAUGCAAGAGAAAAUGAAAGAUGACUGUUGCCAUGGUUUCAGGUCUUGUCUUUGAAACUUUGCUCACAGAUACCAGAAUUCAGUACAAUUGUUUUAUAAUGUUAUUUGAGAUGAAAAAGUGCAUUUAUGUAAGUGAUGAAGGGUUCAUUUUCACACAUGGUUUGUCUGUUAGAGGUUGAGGUAUGCAAGGGAAUCAAUGCAUUUAUGCUUCAGUUUUUUGUGAAGUAAGUUGUUAUUUGAGUGACAAUGUCAAGAUGUUAAAAUAAAGUUGAUUGCAAA